GACUGUGCAACAAUGCAGUUCUGUGCCAAUAAGCUGGAUAAGAAAGACUUCUUUGGCCGCUCUGACCCGUUCAUGGUGUUCUACAGAAGUAAUGAGGACGGAACGUUCACUAUCUGCCAUAAAACUGAGGUGGUAAAGAAUACGCUGAACCCUGUCUGGCAGCUGUUCACCAUUCCUGUCAGAGCGCUGUGCAAUGGAGAUUAUGACAGGUCAAUUAAAGUUGAGGUGUACGACUGGGACAGAGAUGGCAGUCAUGAUUUUAUCGGGGAGUUCACCACCAGCUACAGAGAGCUCUCUCGCGGCCAGAGUCAGUUCAACGUGUACGAGGUGGUGAAUCCUAAAAAGAAACUUAAAAAGAGAAGAUACAUCAACUCUGGCACAGUGACACUGCUUUCAUUCUUGGUGGAAGCCGAACACACGUUCCUGGACUACAUCAAAGCAGGCACUCAGAUCCAUUUCACAGUGGCCAUUGAUUUCACUGCGUCCAAUGGGAAUCCUUCUCAGUCUACCUCGCUGCAUUACAUGAACCCCUAUCAGAUGAAUGCGUACGCCAUGGCGUUGAAGGCCGUGGGCGAGAUCAUUCAGGACUAUGACAGCGAUAAGAUGUUUCCUGCAUUGGGCUUUGGAGCCAAACUUCCUCCAGAUGGCCGGGUUUCCCAUGAAUUUCCCCUGAAUGGUAAUGUAGAUAACCCAUACUGCAAUGGGAUGGAGGGCAUCCUAGAGGCCUACCAUGAGAGUCUGAAGACUGUCCAGCUCUACGGACCCACCAAUUUUGCUCCUGUCAUCAACCAUGUAGCAAGGUAUGCUGCAGCAGUUCAAGACGGCUCACAGUACUUUGUGCUUCUCAUCAUCACAGACGGUGUGAUAUCAGAUAUGGCUCAGACUAAAGAAGCCAUCGUCAAUGCGGCAAAACUACCUAUGUCCAUCAUUAUUGUUGGAGUUGGCCAAGCUGAAUUUGAUGCCAUGGUAGAACUGGACGGCGAUGAUGUAAGAAUAUCCUCCAGAGGAAAGCUGGCAGAGAGGGAUAUUGUACAGUUCGUUCCAUUCAGAGACUACAUGGACAGGACAGGAAACCAUGUCCUGAGCAUGGCACGGCUUGCCAAGGAUGUCCUGGCCGAGAUCCCAGAUCAGUUAAUCUUAUAUAUGAAGUCAAGGGGCAUCAAGCCCAACCAGACACCACCAGACUACAGCCCACCUGGGCUCAGCCCAACCCCCACCGUAUGAGUUUAUCCAGUCUGCUGAAAGAAAACAGGCGAUGCUAUGUCACCACCAAUUUGGAUCUCAUUCAAAGCCAAUACAACUGAUUCAGUGUGAGGCAUCUAGGAAAGUGGAUGGUUUCAAUUCCCAGUUUUUGGAUCUAAUACACUGGAGAAAUUGAAAACUGUAUGUGUGUUCUGGAGUUUGAACUGUAAAGGACGGUUCUUAUUGGUUUGUGAGUUUGUUUCCCCCCUCAUAAUUUCUUUACAAAUUAGCCAACACUAUGAAAAUUUAUAGUUUGGAUCAGUCUCAUUCAGAUUCAUACGUCCAACUGUGCUGGAUAUAUGGAGAGUAUCUGCGCAAGCAAUGCAAUUUUCUGCUUAUUUAACAUCUCUAACAUUUCAACAUCUAAAAAACGCUAUAACACAUCAGCAUGUG